AUGCAGCACCUUCUCCUCUUCCUCGUCUACAUGGACCCACUGAACUUGCUGCUCUGCACAGGAAGGACCCGCAACAACAGGACGCUGGCCUCUCCCCGGCGUCAAGGGGGCUACACUUCCAAGGUGCAACAGAUCAACACCACCGUGGUGGUGCCGGUUCUGCAGAUCAACAGGAUGAAGCCCUUGGUACUGCAGCACUCGGAGAAAUGCCGGGGUCAUUACGACGUGGCGGGUCAGUGGGACCCCGAUUUCGAAUGCAACAGGACUUCCUACAAUUACUGCUGCGGAACCUGCUACAUGCGUUACUGCUGCCAAGACAAGAACUAUCGCCUGGAGCAAAACGGCUGCAAAAACUACGUGACACCCAAAGUGGAAAUUCAAGUCACCACCGACCCAGAUCGAGACGAACUGGAGAACGUGUAUGAUCCGAGCAAAGACAAAACUAACAGCACGGUCUACAUCAGCUGCGGGGUAAUCGCCUUUGUAAUUAUAGCUGGUGUUUUUGCCAAAGUUGCCUACGAUAAAGCGACUCGACCUCCUCGUGAAAUGAACGUGUCCAGGGCGUUGGCAGACAUUUUACGAAACCAGGGACCAAUCCCAGUACCACACUUCGAGAGGGAGAAUAUGACAGCAAUAGAUGGAUCACCUAAGGAUAGCUCACCUGUUAGAACCACCAAAAACCAUUUUACGCCAGUUCGAACAUCCAAGGGCAAUCACGGGCUUUAUGGGAAGGAUUCAGGCACCAGUCAUGGCUAUCGCAGCGGAGGACCAGACCUGCAUAACUUCAUCUCUUCAGGAUUUGUGACACUAGGGCGAGGACAUCUCAAGGGUAACCAUCACCAUAAUUACAAUCACCUGGGGUUGAUCAGUCCCACUCAAACUCCCACUAAUGAAAAACCUCGGAUGAACAGUAUUCUUACUUCUGCGACCGAGCCAUAUGACCUAUCCUUCUCAAGGUCCUACCAGAGUCUGUCGCACCUUCCGCCAUCUUACGAAUCUGCAGUCAAAUCUGACAUAAGCAAGUAUUCUUCACUAAAACGAUUAAGUGAGAAGGAGAUGGAUGAGUACUACAUGAAAAGAAGGCAUCUUCCAGACCUGGCAGCAAGAGGAACUCUGCCUCUCCAUGUUAUCAACAUGAAUCAGGAACACAGUAACCAUAGAGAGAGGCCGAGACGACCAGUGCGAGCCAUGUCACAGGACAGAGUCCUGUCUCCAGAGAGAGACGUGCCUCAAGAAUGUGUCAUGUCUUAUGACCGCAUCCUAUCUGAUGAACAGCUGUUGUCAGCUGAACGCCUUCAGUCCCAGGAUCCUCUGCUCUCUCCAGACAAAGUUAUGUCCCUCAAACGCUCUGCAUUCCGUGAGAAGGCCAUGUCCAGGGCCUUGUCUCAAUCCCACACAGAUGUCUUUGUAUCUACACCCGUCUUAGAUCGUUAUAAGAUGACAAAAAUGCACUCACAUCCCAGUGCCUCAAACUCUUCGUCCAAUACCUUAAGUACAAAUCAGACGAAUCACACUGCUGCUAAGCGACAUGCCUUUGCUUCACGUCGGCACAACACAGUGGAACAACUCCACUAUAUCCCAGGACAUCACCGUAAUUACCAUACAGCCAGCAAAACAGAAGUAACUGUUUGAUCGUAAAAAGUCCAUCGCCGAUUCUACAGUAACAAGAGUGUGGAAGGUUUGC